CUAACAGCCGGUGGAACCAGGACUUCACCGAGUUUUAAUUUUCGCCGGCGAGCGAAUCUCUUCGUUUUGUCCCUCUAAUUCAGCCGGCGGCAGGGGUGAAAGCGCGGCGAUAUCCAUAGAUGUCUUCCUUCAAGAAUGCUAUUCCGAGGAGAGCUCACAAGGAACGUGCUCAGCCAGCUUCGAGGAAGAAGUUUGGGCUGCUGGAGAAGAAAAAGGACUAUGUUAAGCGCGCACAAGCUUACCACAAAAAGGAAGAAACUUUACAGAAACUCAAGGAAAAGGCUGCAUUUCGGAAUCCAGAUGAAUUUUACUUUGGAAUGAUUACAGCAAAAACUGUUGAUGGAGUGCAUAAACCAGCGAGUGAAGUGAAUAAAUAUACCAAUGAAGAACUAAUGCUGAUGAAAACUCAAGACAUCAAUUAUAUAAUGCAAAAACUUCAGACUGAGAAGAAGAAAACUGAAAAGCUUACUGCAGUGCUACACUCUCUUGGUAAUCAACCAUCAAAUAAACGUGUCUAUUAUGCCGAAGACAGAGAGGAGGCUGAAGCAAUUAAAUCAAGAGUAUCAGAACAUCUUAACAUGCCAAUCCUCAAUAAGUUGCCUUGCAGCAUUGAAAGGAAGUUAGCUUCAUCCUAUAAAGAGCUUGAGGCGAGAACCAAAAGAGUGAAGACUUUAGAGAGACUAUAUAUGGAUAUGGCCAUGCAGAAAGAAUUGCAGAAAAACGGAAGAAAGCGCAAACUUCGUGCGGAUGAGAUCGUCACUCCAACCGAGAAGCCGGUGUUCAAGUGGCGACGAGAAAGGAAACGUUGAGCCCCACCACCCCCACCCACCAAAUUGGAUCGAGGAAAACGAAAAUCUUUUUUGAAAUUGGCACUUGAUGGAAUGUUUGU